GUUGGAGACACGAAUUAAAACGAGUCAACUCAGCUUCUCCUCUCCCCUAAAAUGAUACUAGUAGUAUAUUGCACUCGAUGACUCGGUCAAUCAAUGGGGCACAUAAAAAGCUCAUAACUUUCCCUUUCUCCCAUUUAAAAAAGCUUCCGACUUUUCUUCCUCACCCACAAAAUUAAGAACUGUGUGUGUGUUUUCUCUCUUCGUCUCUCCCACGAAAUAAGCAGAAACAUUGAUUCCCUUUCUGAAAACAGAGCCUUCAAAACAGAGCAACCUGGAGGAACAAAGAAGAAGAUCGUAGAGAGAAAGGAAGAUGGAGAGUUACCUGAACCAAAACUUCGAUGUGAAGGCGAAGCAUUCCUCCGAGGAAGCUCUUGAGAAAUGGCGCAAUCUCUGCGGCGUCGUCAAGAAUCCCAAACGCCGUUUUCGCUUCACCGCCAAUCUCUCCAAACGUUACGAAGCCGCUGCCAUGCGCCGCACCAACCAGGAGAAGCUAAGAAUCGCAGUUCUCGUCUCAAAAGCUGCCUUUCAAUUCAUCUCUGGUGAGCUUCUUAUUACAUGUUCAAA